AUGGAGAAAGAGACACAAGAAACGAAGAAACAGAGAAAAGAGACGAGGAGUGUGUCUGCUUCUUCUGCUAGGACAACGGCAUUGCUGAAUCUCCCAAUUGAAAUCAAAGAUAAAAUCUUGUUGAGUCUACCUGUGGAGGCUCUCUUGCGAUUCAGGUGCGUAAUCAGAGACUACUCACGAUUCCAUAACCCUCAUUUCAUUAAAAUGCACUUGAACCGACAGAUUGAAAUCAACAAUGGCUCUACUAUCAUCAUUGCAAAUGGUUGUAAGAUAUAUAAAGUAGAUCUUGGCUCAUUUUCCAAUCCAAUCCCACUCGAUAUACCUUUCCUGAACCCGACCCACGCAAGCCAAUUGAGAUUGGCAGGUUCUUGUAAUGGGUUGCUGUGCUUAACCGAUUGGGAUCCUUACAGUUGCGUUGUGUAUUUGUGGAAUCCUGCUACAGGAGGGUUCAAACAGUUACCGUCACAUAAUUAUAUUUUCGAGGGAGAAUCAUACAACUGUGUUUUAGGGUUUGGUUAUGAUCAUAUUUCUGGUAAAUUUAAGGUGUUGGCAAGGAGGACGACUUGCCUCUAUAGAUUGGAAGCAAUUGUGUACACAUUGGGGGCAAGUUCUUGGAGAAGUAUUGGAGAACUUAAGUAUUAUCUUUUGGGUGAAAAAUCGCAGGUGUUUGGAGGUUGUCUCCAUUGGAUUGUGCGUGAUUCGAAAACUCGUUUGGAUUCCAUUGUUUCAUUUAGUGUUGAAAAUGAGAAGUUCAAGGAAAUUCCAAUGCCCCCCAAUAAUUCUACAAAAUCAUUAGGGUGCUACACUACAUCUUGCUUGACUGCAUUGGGAGGCCGUCUUUCUAUAUUUUAUAUAUAUUAUAGUGGAUUUAAGCGGGAACGUUAUGAAUUAUGGGUGAAGAUGGAUGAUGGAUUGGAGAAUACCACUUGGACCAAACAACUUUCCUUUAAUUUGUCAGACAUACCUCCACAUAUUAAUGGAUAUGGAAACAUGUGGGGCUUCAAGGACGGUCAGGUUUUACUGGAGGGCCCCUGCCGUACACUAGCUUUAUUUAACCCAGUGAACGGUCACGUUACAACUACAACUAUGUAUGUUCCUGCUAAACGUUUUGUUUUCAAACUUUAUUCUUAUAUCGAGGGCCUCGGAAUGCUUAUGGAUGAAGACAGAGAGGAUGUGCACCAAAACUCAUAA